CGCAAAUCGCAUGUUUUCCUCGUGCGUGAUGUGGAGAGUUUAAUGAAAAUUUCCAUAUUUCAAAUCUAUUUAGAAGUUAAAAUUUUACGUUAUUUUGCUCGGCCAAUCGAAAAUGCAAACGGCAGAUAAAAUUUUGGCCCGCUUGACGGAGACGGAAACUGCACACCAUACACUGGAAUUUGAUGAUCGCUCACCGAAGCUGAAGAUCGAUCCCGACACUUGGAUUCAAAUUGGACCCCGCAAAGAUACCAUCGCCGAUGAAACCAACUAUUGCGAGGUAGAUUUGUUGCAGGAGCUUCUGAAAUUGAAAUCUUCACUGGACAGCAUACACUUUCGCCAGAUCCGAGCGGCCGGCAGACAGAUAAAUCCUUUUGAGGUUAACAAUGGUCAGUUUAUGAACCGUGCAGCGGUGAAGAUCGCCAAUAUAGACGCAAUGUUUGAUUGGAAGCUCUGCCAGCUUCCGGAAGCGAAUGAUUCGGAUGACAAUCUGUUCUAUUUUGUGGAUAUUUUCGGUGGCCCUGGCGGCUGCAGCGAUUACGUUCUGUGGCGUAAUGGAGGUUGGAAUGCCAGGGGUUUUGGUUUUACAACCAAGGGAGAUUAUGAAUUUCUUCCAGAAAUGUUUCGAGCGAGUUUUCCAGAAACGUUAGAUGCUUUUUACGGAUCCAACGAUUGCGGUAAUAUAUUUGAUCCAGACAAUAUUCGUGGUUUCAUCGAUUACGUGAAGGCGCAAACUGAUGACCUUGGUGCACAUCUGGUUAUGUGCGACGGAGGGUUCUAUGUCAAAAAUAGUCACCAGGAAGUUAUUUCGAAACAGCUUUAUUUAUGCAUAGUUUUGUUGGCCAUCAGCGUAGUUCGCCCUGGAGGUAAUGCAAUUUUGAAGGUGUUUGAUUUAUAUACCCCUUUUAGCGUUGGGUUGGUUUAUACGUUGUCAAAGAGCUACGGAAAAAUUUCGAUUGUCAAGCCAAUAACUUCUCGUCCAGCCAAUUCCGAACGAUAUCUGGUUUGUCAGAAGCGACUUAACAGUGAUCAAACGUUCGGCGACUAUCUUUAUUCUAUUAAUCGCGUUUUAUGGGAACAGAAGCACGCGGGUUACGAUAUUCUGCAUAUUAUUUCUUCACAAAUCAUCGAGCAAAACUCGGCUUUCUGCAGCUUUAUCCGUAACGCAAACAACGAUCUUGCUCGCAAACAAAUUGACGGGCUGAAAUCGCUAGUUUCAGCCAUUUCCAGCACUUACAGGAAGGAAUGGGUUAACCGAGAGUUCUUACAGACGACAUUGUGGCGCCUCUGGAAGCUGGACCAUAAGCGUCAUUCACCGUCUGUGGAAGGCGACAAGACCAAAUCUGCUGCCGAUUACGCCCUGCAGCUCGUGAACAUUCCAACCUUGAAACUGUUCAGUGCACCAGAUACAACAAUAUACGACAGGAAAAUGCUUCGAGAACAUUUUAACGACCCGCGGGAGUGGAGCUUCGUCGCCGUCGAUGUGACGGUCGAUCAAGACAAAUCCAUUCGCACAAUGUUUCUGAGCAAGGGCAACGGGAAUGUUUUCUAUUUCGACCGACAGGAUGAAGAAUGGCGUCAAGUUAAAGAGUACCAGCUGAUUCUUUCCCCCCAGACGCUUUUAUAUGGAGAGAUUGUUGAGGAAAUUUCUGUUAAGGAUAACGCUCAGAAGCUUGUCAUUGCUUUGCACAUUAUUGACGCCGUUAUGUUGGGAGGCACAGAUGUGCGCAAUUUUCCUUUGACCAAACGAAAUGCAAUAUGUUGCAAGUUUGCGAAGGCACUGAACCGACCGUUGGCGGCGAAGAGUGCCAGCCCAGUGCGCCCGAUACCGAUACGCUGCAAGCAGCUGCAACCGAUGAUGGGUAUGGAUGCAUUCUUCAACAACAUUACGAUCAACCCAUUACCGAAUGGUACGAAAGUUCUCGGCUGCGAAAUCGACAGUUUCGAUGCGUUGGAAACGAAACGGUUCUAUAUUCCUCGUGGACUGCUCUUCAUUCGCCACUCGCAAGCCAAGCCUUUAAAAGUGAACCAAACGGAACUGGAGUUCGACAAAUCUUUGACCAGCCGGCAUCUGUGGGCUUGGACCAAAACUAACCAAAUUUAUUCCUCAUCGCAGUGCUACAACCUAUCCAGAGAAGACAACCUGGUUUAUCGUAUGGAUUUCGACGAUCUUUUGGAACAAUUUGAAGAUUAGAUUGAUUUUGAUUCGUUACUAUGCUCAAAGCGUUAGAUAUUAGGUUUGGUUACACAUUUCCAGUGAAACUUUUAUUCUUCGAUAUGUUACACAUGUCUUGUGUAUAUUCAUUUUUUCCUAAGCGAAAUAUAAGA